AUGCAGGUGCUGAGCAAGAUGACUCCGGUGCCCGUCACCUGCCUGGAGUAUGUGCAUCCAUGGACGCAAUCGUGCACACUGGCAACGGCGGAACUAAUGGUCGUCGGUGUGCAGUACUGUCUUCGAAUAUAUGCAGCAGUGUAUGCGCUUUCUCUCAUAAUGCGUGGCCGCAUACCGACACUGCCAGAGCUGAAGAAGACACUGCGCGGUUGGCUCCAAUCGACCGCUUUCCUAACAACCAAUGCCUUCAGCUAUUCGAUGCUCAUGUGCAGCAUACGACGAGUGAUGGGAAAUUAUAACUUCUACACAGCAUCCUACGUGCCGGCAUUCCUAGCCGCUCUUAUUUCCAUCAUGGUGGAACGCUCUUCCAGGCGGGCUAUGUUGGCUCUGUACGUGUCAAAUGUGGCCACCGAAACCAUGUGGAAUAUACUGCAGUCACGAGGGCUCGUCAAAUCCAUCCCACACGGUGAGAUUGCCAUCUUCGGACUGUCCACCUCGGUGCUGAUGUACUGCUUCCGGAAAAAUCGUCAAGAAGCGUACCGAGACUCAAUGUUCGAUGUUGUGCGGUUUGCGAUCGGUGACAGUGAAGUGAUGAAAGUGGCACCGGGUCCCACGGCACUAGAGGAACCAACACCAGCUGCCCGUGAACCGAACACACGUGUUUCGAAGGGCCCGACAUAUCCAUUGCCAUUCAUACAGGCUGUUCUGAAAGCCUAUCUACAGCUGACGGGACGUCUGAAGGCGAUGGGAAAGCAUAAACUAUGUCGCCAUCGUCACGGAUGCCUUUACGAUACGCUCUCUAGCGGUACGCGCAUGUUUUCGAUCGGUCUUGGGAUACAAGUCGUGAUGAAAACGGUGCUCCAGAUGCGAAAGUUCAUUAGCCGCCCGGCAUUGAUACGUAAAACGUUCCUUAACAAGGACAUAGCUCGAUUGGGACUAUUCCUUGGUGGAUUCACUUCUAUUUAUAAGAUGUCUUCCUGUCUGCUACGUCAUUUUACCGACAGUGACAGCCCAAUGUUUGCCUUCCCGAGCGGACUUUUAGCUAGUGUCGCAUUCGCCUUCUACUCUGACAACACGAUUGCCUUGUACAUUAUGUGGAAAACGUUACAGAUAACGUACAACUGGGGUAUAGAGAAAGGUUACCUACCACGGGUGCCCGGAUUCACCGUCAUGCUGUACGCUAUCAGUACGGCGCUAUUAUUUCAUGCUGCCACAAUUGAACCGGAAAACUUGCGGCCCAGCUACUGGAAAUUUUUACACUCCAUCUCUGGUGGAAGGAUUUGCAUCAUGGAUCGUAGUGGGUUCGAUGUGUACGGGUUGGACACUUCCGGGCAAAUACGUAAAAUGAUGCAGCUGUGCAAGACGGAACCAAUCCUACAGGGGCAAUUGAGCUGA